AUGAGAAAGAGGGUGGAGGAGAGCAGAGGGACAGAAGGGGGGCACAGAGGAGGAGGAGGAGGAGGGAGAGGAGGACUCCUGAGAGUGUCUCAUAGUGACAGACAGUCAGGCUUCUCCCAGGCUACCUCAGGCCCCGGCGAGGACCCCCAGGGGCGACGCAGACAGGGCACUGGACCUCGCGGCAGGGGGAGGGGCAUCCUCAUCCUCCCCGCCCACACCGACCUCUCCCAAUCGUCGGCGGAGCCCGGGCUGAGGCUCCUGUUUGGUGGGAUACGUGGAGGAAGAGAGGCGGGGCUAGGGAGAGGAGGAGGAAGGGGCGGAGGAACAAGGCGUCUCUGGGACCCGAACAACCCCGACCAGAAACCCGCCCUCGGGCUCUCCCAGCAUGCAUCGCUCCAGCAGCAGCAGCCCAUGUACCUGCAGACAGGUGUUGGUUACGGAGCGCUGCACUUCCUGGAUACAGAUGACGAGGCUGCAGGGAGUCCCCCAGUCCACCAGGGGGAGCACUUCCACCUCCAGCAGCAGGCUGCAGCCAUGGCCCAGGCCUUCUAUAAGUACCAGAACUCUGACAACCCUUACCCUUACAACGCCAACCCUAACCCUAACCCCAACACACGCUACCCCUACCCUUACCACACUAUGCCCACCGGUCCCUACCAGAUCCCCCCCUCCAACGACAUGUACCCGGGUCAGUUCUACGGGGGGUACAGGGGCCAGGGGUACCCGGCUGGACCCGAGGCUGCAGCACCAGCAGGUGGAUCCGGAGCAGGUCUAACCCUUGAGGAGGCGGAGCAGCAUGCCAGAGGAGAGCUGGGGAGACUGCUGAGAGCGGCAGACAGCCAGGAGUUACAGCUCACUAACCUGUUGUCUAGAGACAGUCUCAGUGCUGAUGGACUGGAUCGCAUGGCUCAGCUCAGGUAAGAUAGAGGGAGGGAUGGAGAGGAGAGGAAGUGACCUGCUAAUGGCGGGGCGGGGGGGGUAGAAGAAAGGUGAAAGCUGCAACCUGCUGUUUAAAAAAGCUUUCUUUAUCUUGUCUGUCCUCCCCCCCCCCCCCCCCCCAGAGCUGACCUAUUGACCCUGUAUGAGCGGGUGAUCCUAACAGACAUAGAGUUCAGUGACAGUCAGAACCUGGACCAGGCUCUAUGGAAGAAUGUGUUCUACCAGGUUAUAGAGCGCUUCAGACAGCUCCUCAAAGACCCCAGCGGAGACUCAGCCCCGCACAUCACCACCAUGCUGCUGACGCUGCUGGACGAGGUACACACACUGAACAAACACCAUGUACACACACAGGCAUCAAUCGGCCGUUACCCAAAACACGUGUAAAUAUUGGACUGUAAAUUGUGCCUUCCUCUAUUAUACUUCUGCUGAAAUGUUUCUUCUGUUCUACUGAGACAUUUACUUUAUGUUGCUAUUCUCAUCUUUCAUUAUUUCUUAUUGUUGUUGCGUUGUCCAGAAGGAAGCUGCAAGGAAGCAUUUAGUUGGACGGUGUAUACCAUGUGUGUCCUGUACAACAUUACAUUUACAUUUACAUUUUAGUCAUUUAGCAGACGCUCUUAUCCAGAGCGACUUACAGUUAGUGAGUGCAUACAUUAUAUAUUUUUAUUUUUUUCAUACUGCCCCCCCCCCCCGUGGGAAUCGAACCCACAACCCUGGUGUUGCAAACAUCCCCUGCCGGCCAUUCCCUCCCCUACCCUGGACGACGCUGGGCCAAUUGUGCGUCUCCCCAUGGGUCUCCCGGUCACGGCCGGCUACGACAGAGCCUGGAUUCGAACAAGGAUCUCUAGUGGCACAGCUAGCACUGCGAUGCAGUGCCUUAGACCACUGCGCCACUCGGGAGGCGCAGUGGUCUAAGGAUGAAUAAAACUUAGCUUGAAACACGUACAGACAGACAAACACCACGUAUAGACGAACACUGAUUGUGUAAACAGCACUGUACUGCAAAUAGUGUUGGUGACAGUAUGCAAGACUAAAAUUAUUCAGGGAACUAAACUUUUCUAUCAUGCUGUGUUUGUUUCCCAGGGGGCAGUAUUCUUUGAUGCACUGCUGCAGAAGCUUCAGAUGGUGUUUCAGUUUAAACUGGAGGACUACAUGGACAGCAUGGCCAUCAGACCACGACCACUACGCAAAACGGUAACCUAUUGUGUGUGUGUGUGUGUGUGUGUGUGUGUGUGUGUGGUGUGUGUGUGUGUGUGUGUGUGUGUGUGUGUGUGUGUGUAUUUAACCAUGUUUAAUGUGUGUUGGUCCAGGUGAAGUAUGCUCUGAUCAGUGCCCAGCGGUGUUUGAUCUGUCAGGGGGACAUCGCCCGUUACCGGGAGCAGGCCAGCGACUCGGCUAACUACGGCAAGGCCCGCAGGUACGUAGCACGUCACCAUGGCUAUUGGCUACCACAAAACGCAUAAUUGUCUGACAUUUCAUACAUAUCCAUUCAUGUGUGUUCCUGCCCGUUGACACAUCACAAUGGAGAAAACUGUGGCUUUUGUUCUCAGGUCUCUCUUGCAAAAUAUAUUUUUCUCAGGGAGACUAUUCCCUGACUAGUAAAUGUAGCUUAUACCACAGCAUUGUUGAAUACUCAUUUCUGAUUGGCUAGAAGGGCAUUCUAGAAUAUACAUUAAAACCAGAUAAUGGGAGAGUUGGGAAAAAAUCGUGACAGUUGGAAAAGAUAUCGGGACACCUUGCAAUCAUGACACAAUAAGCGCCUACACAUGCAGACCAUAUUUGCUACAAAGUUACAGAAAGCUAAACCAACAACCACACAAGCUGAAAUUGGAUACUUUGUAAACGCAGGUCCAACGAGGAAAAAUGUAGCUAGCUAGCAUUUAUUUGUUUCUGCAGUGACAUAUUUUUUGGGAGCAUCUGAUGACCUAACGUGGUGAGUGAUGAACAUUAAUUUCUCUUGUACGUACUGUUGCAGUCAUGACGCAAGUGGCGCUAUGCGGUCAAAUCCGCCCACGUUUCUAGUUUGACUAGCUGUUUUCAGCAACUGGUAUUUUUGAAUUUGGUUGUCAUAUCGGCAGGUUUGCUAGCAACAAACUAUUUAGCUCGCUUCUAGCCUAGUGUUUGAUAUGCAAUUUGAUCUCCUCGUAAUGAACAGUGUUGUGUCCUGACAAGAAGGCAAACUUUUCUAGGUAUGCCAGGCAAAAUCGGGCAUCAUCAACUCAUUGUUAUGGAUGUAUCCAAAUGAAUGUCAACAGAAAACAGCUUAAACAAAAGCAAAUGCAGCUACUUUGCUGUUAUUUUGUCUGCAGAGGUCGUGUCUGUGUUUGACGUAGCUAGUUUGCUAGCUAGUUAGCUAGCAAGCAAGAGACAAGAACGUUGCCAGCGAGCGGAACAUAUAGAACGAACAACUGGGUCACGUCCAAAUCACAGACACCAGCAAAGCACCCCCACACCAUAACACCUCCUUCUCCAUGCUUUACGGUGGGAAAUACACAUGUGGAGAUCAUCCGUUCACCCACACCGCGUCUCACAAAGACACAGCGGUUGGAACCAAAAAUCUCAAAUUUGGAGUCCAGACCAAAGAACAAAUUUCCACCGGUCUAAUGUCCAUUGCUCAUGUUUCUUGGCCCAAGCAGGUCUCUUCUUAUUAUUGGUGUCCUUUAGUAGUGGUUUCUUUGCAGCAAUUCGAACAUGAAGGCCUGAUUCACACAGUCUCCUCUGAACAGUUGAUGUUGAGAUGUGUCUGUUACUUGAACUCUGUGAAGCAUUUAUUUGGGCUGUAAUUUCUGAGGCUGGUAACUCUAAUGAACUUACCUUCUGCAGCAGAGGUAACUCUGGGUCUUCCAUUCCUGUGGCGGUCCACAUAAGAGCCAUUUUCAUCAUAGGGCUUGAUGGUUUUUGCGACUGCACUUGAAGAAAAGUUCUGGAAAUGUUCCAUAUUGACUGACCUUCAUGUCUUAAAGUAAUGAUGGACUGUCGUUUCUCUUUGCUUAUUUUAGCUGUUCUUGCCAAAAUAUGGACUUGGUCUUUUACCAAAUAGGGCUAUCUUCUGUAUACCCCCCUACCUUGUCACAACACAACUGAUUGGCUCAAAUGCACUAAGAAUGAAAUAAAUUCCACAAAUUAACUUUUAAGAAGGCACACCUGUUAAUUGAAAUGCAUUCAAGGUGACUACCUCAUGAAGCUGGUUGAGAGAAUACCAAGAGUGUGCAAAGCUGUCAUCGAGGCAAAGGGUGGCUAUUUGAAGAAUCUCAAAUAUAAAAUAAAGUUUGAUUUGUUUAACACUUUUUGGUUACUACAUGAUUCCAUAUGUGUUAUUUCAUAGUUUGUCUAUGAAAUAACACGUAUGUGGUGUCUCUUUUGUGUAAAGUCAUCUUCUCUUCUCCCUUUUCCCUCCUUCCUCCUCCCUCCCUUCUCCCUCUUCCUCCCUCUCCCUCUUCCCUCCUCUUCCUCCUCCUGUCUAGUUGGUACCUGAAGGCCCAGCAGAUUGCUCCUAAGAACGGACGACCCUACAACCAGCUAGCCCUGCUGGCUGUCUACACGGUGAGAGGAUGUGUUAUCUUCCACAGUAGGGGACACUAUUGCCAAGAUAAGACAAGACAAAUAUUUGCUGUGUUGUGUUGAUGUAAUGCUGUGUGAUGUAUGUAUUGCUGACCUCUCCCCAAAAAUAAUUUACAGUGGCUUGCGAAAGUAUUCACCCCCCUUGGCAUUUUUCCUAUUUUGUUGCCUUACACCCUGGAAUUAAAAUGGAUUUUUGGGGGUUUUGUAUCAUUUGAUUUACACAACAUGCCUACCACUUUGAAGAUGCAAAAUAGUUUUUAUUGUGAAAUAAACAAGAAAUAAGACAAAAAAAACUAUUCACCCCUACCCCCAAAGUCAAUACUUUGUAGAGCUACCUUUUGCAGUAAUUACAGCUGCAAGUCUCUUGGGGUAUGUCUCUAUAAGCUUGGCACAUCUAGCCACUGGGAUUUUUUGCCAUUCUUCAAGGCAAAACUGCUCCAGCUCCUUGAAGUUGGAUGGGUUCCACUGGUGUACAGCAAUCUUUAAGUCAUACCACAGAUUCUCAAUUGGAUUGACGUCUGGGCUUUGACUAGGCCAUUCCAAGACAUUUAAAUGUUUCCCCUUAAACCACUUGAGUGUUGCUUUAGCACUAUGCUUAGGGUCAUUGUCCUGCUGGAAGGUGACCAGUUUCCCAGUCCCUGCCGAUGGUGUUCUCGUGGUGAUGAGAGGUGUUGGGUUUGCGCCAGACGUUUUCCUUGAUGGCCAAAAAGCUAAAUUUUAGUCUCAUCUGACCAGAGUACCUUCUUCCAUAUGUUUGGAGAGUCGCCCACAUGCCUUUUGGCGAACACCAAACGUGUUUGCUUAUUUUUUUCUUUAAGCAAUGGCUUUUUUCUGGCCACUCUUCCGUAAAGCCCAGCUCUGUGGAGUGUACGGCUUAAAGUGGUCCUAUGGACAGAUACUCUAAUCUCCACUGUGGAGCUUUGCAACUCCUUCAGGGUUCUUUUAUGGUCUCUUUGUUGCCUCUCUGAUUAAUGCCCUCCUUGCCUGGUCUGUGAGUUUUGGUGGGCGGCCCUCUCUUGGCAGGUUUGUUGUGGUGCCAUAUUCUUUCAAUUUUUUUAUAAUGGAUUUAAUGGUGCUCUGUGGGAUGUUCAAAGUUUCAGAUAUUUUUUUAUAAACCAACCCUGAUCUGUACUUCUCCACAACUUUAUCCCUGACCUGUUUGGAGAGCUCCUUGGUCUUCAUGGUGCCGCUUGCUUAGUGGUGUUGCAGACUCUGGGGUCUUUCAGAACAGGUGUAUAUAUACUGAGAUCAUGUGACAGAUAAUGUGACACUUAGAUUGCACACAGGUGGACAUUAUUUAACUAAUUAUGUGACUUCUGAAGGUAAUUGGUUGCACCAGAUCUUAUUUAGGGGCUUCAUAGCAAAGGGGGUGAAUACAUAUGCACGCACCACUUUUCCGUUAUUAUUUUUUUGAAACAAGUUAUUUUUUUUCAUUUCACUUUCACCAAUUUGGACUGUUUUGUGUAUGUCCAUUACAUGAAAUCCAAAUAAAAAUACAUUUAAAUUACAGGUUGUAAUGCAACAAAAUCGGAAAAAUGCCAAGGGGGAUGAAUACUUUUGCAAGGCACUGUACAUGAAAAUGGUCAAUAAUGUAUAUAGUUAGUAAGAUUUUGAGAGAAAAAACCGACAGACACAAGAAAGAUCACUCAUUUCUCUUCUCCUCUCUCUCUCUCUAGAAGAGGAAGUUGGAUGCAGUGUAUUACUACAUGCGGAGCCUGGCUGUCUCCAACCCCAUCCUCACUGCCAAGGAGAGCCUCAUGAGUCUGUUUGAAGAAGCCAAACGCAAGGUCAGACACACACACGAAGGACACAUAUACACUUAUAUCUCAACCAACACUGCUUUCAUGGACCAGCUAACGUAUUCAUAGACUAAACACAUCCAACACCAAGCCUUUCAUCUCCUAGUUCUGCCCCCUGCUUGUGUGUUCUGUAUACAUGACCUCUGACCCUUUGACCCAGGCGGAACAGAUGGGGCGGAGGCAGGAGUCAGAAGGGGGGUCCAGGGGCCCGGGGGUCCGGGGGGGGAGGAGGAGGACGGGGGGAGCAGGGGGCCAGAGUAGAGAUCUGGGUUCGCCCUAUCAGCCAGGCAGCGGCUCUUUCGUCACACCGCGGGGGCAACGAGUCCAGCAGAGACUCUGAACAGGACGGAGAGCUGGGCAACCUCAGCGCGAGUGAUGUGAGUACAAUACACAUAUACGUACGCACACUCACUCACUCUCUAUGGCUUAUAUGCUUCUCUUCCGGUUCAGUUCGGGUUCUUUCAUAUUGGACGUUGUUAAUACUCCUCUGUGUCUCUUUGUGUCUAUCUCUGAGUGUGUGUCUGUGGGUGUGCACGUGUUCACUCAUGCGCCAGAAGAAGUGUAUUUCAUGGCAAACACACACACACAGAAAUGGCGGCACACAUGACCUUGUAUUCAGACACACCUCCCACACAGCACACAGAACAGGAACUAUUCAACAUCAUACACCUCUCUCUCUCUCUCUCUCUCUCGCGCUCUCCUACCUCUCUCUCUCUCCUACUCUCUCUCCUACCUCUCUCUCUCUCUACCCCUCUCUCUCUCUCUCUAUCUACAUCUCUCUCUCUCUCUGUCUGUCUUUCUUUCUUUUUUUCCAGCUCAUAUUCCUCUCUUCCUCUCCUCCGCUGUUGCAAAAAUACAUAAUAUAUAUGCUGUCACUCUCUCUGUUAGAUGUCUCUGGUCCUCAGACUGCCCUGUCCAAAGUGCACAGUCAGAGAAAUACGCAUAUUCUCUCUCUCUCUCACACAUACAUACACACACACACACACACACACACACACACACACACACUAGAGAUGUUUUCUCUCCCAGGAAGUGGUGGCUCUGUGACUCACCCUCCGUAGUGGACAGACAGGGUGCAUCGUGGGCCGCGGCGCUCUCGUCAUCACCGUCUCCAUGGAGAUACGCCUUCGUAAACACACACAUACGCACACACACAUACGCAGGCAGACACACAAACACACCCGCUCACACAGUCUUGUACAACUAACCUUGUGGGGACACACAAUUCAGUCCCAUUCAAAAUACCAUUUUCCCUAACCCUAACCUUAACCCAAAAACCUAAACUUAAACCUAAACCCCAUAGAAAUAGCAUUUCUUGUUAGUUUACUAUUCUUGUUCAAUGAGCAGAUUUCUGUACAAUUUUCUUUACAAUUCAGCCGUGCCGACGGGCUGACCGUGGCCAUUGCCACGCCCAAUGCCACACCUCCCUAAACCCUGGUAUCUACAAGUUUGUCUAACUAGGGCUGCUCUCUCUCCCUCCCUCCCGUGUCAAACACAUCGACCCCUACCCGCCUCCCGUACUGCACCUCUCUCCCAUGUUGCGCAGGCUGCUCAGCAAGCAGUUCCCAAGUUAAACAAUGUGGGGGUUUUGUGUGUGUGUUUAAAAAAUAAUGUAUUUUGACUAUCCGGAUAUCUGCAAUUUUGGGGGGGAUAUUAUUCGAAUAGUGAAAUUAUUUCAAAUGCCCAUCCCUAACAGACACACACACGCAGACACUCAUCUACACGCACACACACACACAAACAAACACACACACACAGGCAGACACAUAUCCAUGUCUCAAACCUGUUACUUAACAGACUUCCCCAUGACUAAAUCAAUAUUUAAUGAGAAAUAUCCCUGUCCCUGUCCCUGUCUCUGUCUCUGUCCCUGUCCCUGUCUCUGUCUCUGUCCCUGUCUCUGUCCCUGUCUGAGUCCCUGUGUCAGUCACUGUCUGAGUGUCAGUCUCUGUCCCUGUGUCUGUCUCUGUCCCUGUCUCUGUCCCUGUGUCAGUCUCUGUCUCUGUCACUAUCCCUGUGUCAGUCUCUGUCCCUGUCCCUGUGUCAGUCUCUGUCUCUGUCCCUGUGUCAGUCUCUGUCCCUGUCUCUGUCCCUUUCCCUGUGUCAGUCUCUGUCCCUGUCUCUGUGUCAGUCUCUGUCCCUGUCUCUGUCCCUGUGUCAGUCUCUGUCCCUGUCUCUGUCCCUGUGUCAGUCUCUGUCUCUGUCCCUGUGUCAGUCCCUGUCUCUGUCCUAUCCCUGUGUCAGUCCUCUGUGUCAGUCUCUGUCCCUGUCUCUGUCCCUGUCCCUGUCCCUGUCUCUGUCCCUGUGUCAGUCUCUGUCCCUGUGUCAGUCUCUGUCUCUGUCCUGUGUGUCUCUGUCCUGUGUCAGUCUUGCCAUUGUCAGUUUGUCCCGUGUCAGUCUCUGUCCCUGUGUUGUCUUGUCUGUGUCAGUCUCUGUCCUGUCGUCCUGUCCCUGUUCCGUCCGUGUCUGUCUCUGUCCUGUCCCUACCGUUGGCCUAGUCAGUCAGUCUUGUCUGCCUUGUCAGUUCGUCUGCCCUAGUACGUCCAGUCUCUUAGUCUUGUCCAUGUCCUGUGUCAGUCUCUGUCCUGUCUAAUGUCAGUCCUGGUCUCUGUCCCGGUUAGUCUCUGUCUUGGGCCCGUCUUGUCCUGUGUAGUCUGUGUCCUGUCUAGUCCAGUGUAGUUUGUCCUUCCUGUCAUGUGUCAGUGUCCCUGCCUAUGUCCCUGUUCAGUCUGUCCCUGGUCAGUCCCUGUUGGCCUGUAGUCAGUGUCCCUUGUUUGUCCCUGUCGGUUGUCCCUGGGCCUUAGUACUGUUCGUGCCAUGUCUCUGUGUUCAGAUGUUUCCAUAGUUAAUCCUUAUUUUCUUUUCAUUCUCCUUAUUCUGUGUUUCUGAGUGUUAAGUUGGCCUAUAGUCAGGUUAGUUGGCCUAUAGUCAGGUUAGUUGGCCUAUAGUCAGGUUAGUUGGCCUAUAGUCAGGUUAGUUGGCCUAUAGUCAGGUUAGUUGGCCUAUAGUCAGGUUAGUUGGCCUAUAGUCAGGAUUGCUAGUCGGUUAUUAUAGCCGAUGUUGCUAUAGUCAGGUUUGCCUAAGCGUUAUGCCAAAUGUUAUUGGCCAUAGUCAGGUAGUUGGCCUAUAUCAGUAGUGGCUAUAAGCGUCGCCCCUUCACCUAGCUGUUAUAACCAGUGUUAUAACCAGUCCCCUUCACCUAGCUGUUAUAACCAGUGUUAUAACCAGUCCCCUUCACCUAGCUGUUAUAACCAAUGUUAUAACCAGUCCCCUUCACCUAGCUGUUAUAACCAGUGUUAUAACCAGUCCCCUUCACCUAGCUGUUAUAACCAGUGUUAUAACCAGUCCCCUUCAUCUAGCUGUUACAUAGCAUAGAUUCAAUGAAAUAAGAUGACAGGACAGACAUGACUAAUCAAUGCUAGACCGACUAUCUGACUCAUCAGUGCACUGUUGCUCCUGUCUGUCUGCAGCUCAAUAAGAGGUUCAUACUCAGCUUCCUUCACGCUCAUGGAAAACUCUUCACUAAAGUGGGGUGAGUUAUUUUGGUGUGUGUAGUCGUGUAUUAAAUAUGUAGACUUCAUUUUGUAAAGCCUGUGUGGUUGUGUGUAUGCUCUAACACACGUAUUUUCUUACUAGCACUUAUUAUGCUGAUAGCUGCUGUUUUAGUAGAAGGAUUUUACUUCCAAUCACUGUGAUAUGUGGUUGUCUUACCUACCUUAGUUGAAAGCACUGACUGUAAGUCUCUCUGGAUAAGAGUGUCUGAAUGAGAAACAUGUCCACUGUGUUGCAGCAUGGAGUCGUUCCCGGCGGUGGGCAGUCGUGUUCACAGGAGUUCGAGACACUGCUCCAACACAGCCCCUCCAUCCCCCAGAAGGACCGAGCAAAGCGCAUUGUUACAGAUCAUCACUAUCAACAUGUUCACUAUACACAACGCUCAAAGCAGAGGUAGCACACACACACACACAGAAAUGUGACCUUGUGUAAAAGCAUUGUGCAAAAACACCAACCUCAAGCCUGUCUCCUCUCUUCCUCUCUAGAACGUCUCACUCACGCACGCGUUCUAGCAGAUCUCCCACGCAAGCCUGGAAAUCCUCAAGGGGAACAGACAGAUCAACAGAGACCAGCAAACGCGCAAUAGACGGAUCAGAAACACGGAAGUGCACGAUCAAGCUCGACCGCAAGACAUAGGAGAAAGGGAAAGACGAUGAAGGACAGAAAGCGAGGCUAAGGAUGAAUCCCGCGCUGGCUCCAGAGAUAACAGAUGCCACAGGUAUUACACCUGUCGACUCUGCCUACCCCUUCCUCUCUCUCUCCCUCUACUUCCCCUUCUCUCCAUCUCUCUCUCUCCCUCUCUCCCUCUCCUCCCCCUUCUCUCUCCCUUCCUCUAGGAGGAGAUGGUGAGGUGAGGUCUGUGUUACAGGAGCAGACUACAGCUCUGGGUCUGGCCAUGUUCUCUCUGCUGGUCCAGCGCUGCACAGAGCUAUUAAGAGAUACACCUGCAGGUAUGUCAUUCACAGAUGUGAUAUUUGUAUACAUUGUCUGGGACAUUGUAUGGUUGUGAAAAAGACUCUCACUGACACAGUUCAUAUGAGUGAAGAGUUGGGUACUCCGAUGCACUCUAACACACUAACACAGAGUAAAGCUUACUACAAGCUCUACUGAGACGGAAGAUUCGGAGCGUAGCAAAGUGUUGAGAUGUCGUUAUUCACCACAAAGGGGGCGGCUCCUUGUAAUACGCUCCGGAAUUCAAUGUAUUUUUGUACUACCUGAAAAUUGAGACGUGCCGUAUCAUUCCUUCCUUCCUCAGCCGUGGGGGCAGUGUUGUCGCUUGGUUCCUUGAUCUGAUCUAUAGGCUAAAUUGGCUAUUCAUCAUUUUGCAUUGAUUCGCCAAAUAUAAUCUCAGCGACUGUUGAAACAGUAAACCAAACAACAAGAAUCCACCCAAAAAGGUAUUUUAUUUAGAAGUAAUAACUAGUGAUUCCAAGCUAUUGUGAAACGGUAGAACCUGCUGUAGCCAGCUAGCUAGCCAUGGGCAUGACUAAAACAUGAUGUUCUAUUUUUAGCUGAUAUGGGAAUUAAUACACAAGCAGCAUAUCAAACUAGGAUAAUGUUUUAGGUUACACCGGCAAGUAUAAAAAUAUUUGCCAGGGCAUAUUUUUUAAAUUUGAAAUGUGAUUAUUUCGCAUAGAGAUGUGGGAAGCUAAAAAGGCUAGCUAGCUUGCUAUGUUUUUAUCCAAGCUAAAGCCAGCUAGCUACUACUAGCAAGGGAAGGUGACUCUUCCUUGCUUUCACAAAAUUAAUUGACACUUUUUUUUUACUUUGCUAUCGUGAAUGGGAGUGAGACCAGUGAGGAUAUCAUGUUACCAAAAGGUGUCCGCUGCUCCAAAAAUCCAACUCUAUCCACACUCGCACGUAGAUCAACGGAGUGAAGCUUCUAGUGACCUUAAUGGAGAGGUUUGCCAGACAUAUGAUUUCUACCCCCUAGGAAGGCAGACAAUGAUUCUCUUUCUCUCUCUCUCCUAUUUCUCUCUCUCCACUCUCUCUCUCUCUCCCUUUCUCCCUCUCCCUCACUCCCUCUCUCAGAGCCCAUCCCCGAGGAGGAGAGAGAACAGGGGGAUGAGGAGGAGGAGGGGAUGGUGAGAGUUUCUGCCUUCCCAUUGGACCUGAGGGAGCUGCUGCCUAGUGUCAAGGUCUGGUCUGAUUGGAUGCUUGGACAUCCCAACCAAUGGAAUCCUCCACCUUGUAGUAUAGAGUGAGUAUACAAUCCAAACACAGGACGAUCUCCUGUGGGGAGGUGUUACUGUCUCCUCUCUCUUCCUGUGAGGAGGUGUUACUGUCUCCUCUCUCUUCCUGUGGGGAGGUGUUACUGUCUCCUCUCUCUUCCUGUGGGGAGGUGUUACUGUCUCCUCUCUCUUCCUGUGGGGAGGUGGUUACUGUCUCCUCUCUCUUCCUGUGGGGAGGUGUUACUGUCUCCUCUCUCUUCCUGUGGGGAGGUGUUACUGUCUCCUCUCUCUUCCUGUGGGGAGGUGUUACUGUCUCCUCUCUCUUCCUGUGGGGAGGUGUUACUGUCUCCUCUCUCUUCCUGUAGGGAGGUGUUACUGUGUCCUCUCUCUUCCUGUGGGGAGGUGUUACUGUCUCCUCUCUCUUCCUGUGGGGAGGUGUUACUGUCUCCCCUCUCUUCCUGUGGGGAGGUGUUACUGUCUCCUCUCUCUUCCUGUGGGGAGGUGUUACUGCCUCCUCUCUCUUCCUGUGGGGAGGUGUUACUGUCUCCUCUCUCUUCCUGUGGGGAGGUGUUACUGUCUCCCCUCUCUUCCUGUGGGGAGGUGUUACUGUCUCCUCUCUCUUCCUGUGGGGAGGUGUUACUGUCUCCUCUCUCUUCCUGUGGGGAGGUGUUACUGACUCCUCUCUCUUCCUGUGGUUGUAGCUCUGGUGUGUGGCGCAGCCUGGCUGACCUGUGUAAUGCGUUGGCACGUGUUGACCACGGGGAGGCGCCGCUGUACAAGGCAGACGGGGACGGAGGGGAGGGGGAUGAGGAGCUCCGCCUGCUGCUAUUGGAGGAGGACAGGCUACUGGCCGGCUUCGUCCCGCUGCUCGCCGCCCCGCAGGAACCCUGCUACAUAGACUGCACCAGGGAUACCGUGAGUUUAUACACCAUACAUACAUUGCAUACACACACAUAUGCGUGCUCUCUCUCACUCGCUCUCUCUCUCUCUCUCUCUCUCUCUCUCUCUCUCUCUCUCUCUCUCUCUCUCUCUCCCCUAGGUAAUAGCAGCAGACUGUAAAAGGGUAACAGUGUUGAAGUAUUUCCUGGAGGCUCUGUGUGGUCAGGAACAACCUCUCUUGGCCUUCAAGGGAGGGAAGUAUGUCUCCAUGGCAACCUCUCCCCAACCCAGCAGCCCUGGUGACGCCCACGGUCGACACGACUCACAGACCGAGAGAGAGGUGUGUGUUUGUUUCUCUCUCUUACUUAUCAAAUGUUCUCGCAGGCUCUUAUCCAAGUGUCUCGAGAGGUGUGUGUCUGUGACUCUGUCUCUCAAUCCUCGAUUAUUUGUUUUUAAGUCUAGCCGCUGAGUUACACACCUGUCUCAACUAGUCACCGUCAUGAAUACCUUGGUUAGCUGAAUCAGAUGUGUAGGGUGUAGUUAGAUGUGUGUCCACUAACAUGUCCCUCUACGCCCCUCUCUGCUGUGGUGCUGUGUCUUAGAGUGAUGACGUCAUCGUGGAGGCAGAG